AUGCGUUUAUUCGUUGGUUACAAAUCAUCAAAUCAAAGCUUUAAACAAUUAGAAGUAGAAACCGAAAGAGAUGAUGCCGGUUAUCUUCAGAUGGAUUGCGCCCGUGAAUCUUUUGCAUUUGCAACAUAUAAACCAAAAUCAGAAAGGAAAGUUAAAAAGUUUGUUCAUUCGUUAUAUAAUAAUGUUCAAAAAUAUGAUAACUCGGUAUGUGGUAAAUAUAUUGACCCUUCAGAAGUUUUCAAGAAAGCAAAUGAAGAAGUUGAUGUCACUUUUGAUAUGAUUAUUCCGGUAAAUGAUUUGUUAGCAUUUCAGGCGUUCGAUGAUUAUCCUAAAUCAUUUGGUGAAAUCAUUCUUAAAUAUUAUGUUUUCAGGGAUACUUUAGUAUUUUGUCAGGUUGACCCGUUAAGAGUUGCUGAUUUACAAAAUUACGUUUAUGAAAAGAUAACUGAUGAAAAUUAUGAAAAGAUUAUGAAUCAUGUUUAUAAAUAUGAUCGCAAAUUCCAACAAAUCGGACUUCCUGCCAAAUUAAUUACAAGCUUAGCCGCUACAUCUGCUGACGCAACAGUUGAUAAUGUUAUUAUUUCAUGCACAAAGAUGGAA